AUGCGAGGGAAGGACAUUUCUGCCAGCUUCACCAUCUUGCUAUAUGGAAGCCCUGUAUUAGAAACCGCCCAGCAAGAUUUUUUGCAAGAAGCAAAAUCUCCUAUUGCCCAGCAUUCCAAGAAAGUAAAUGAGAAUAAGGCUCAAGGAACAUCUAUAGAUGUCUUUGAAAAUAUACACAAAAAAACAAAAACUGGCAAAUUUAUACUUGAGAUUAAUAAAAGUGAAAUCCUUCAUGUAGUUGUACAUUGGGUGGUGCUCAGAAGCAUUAGCUACCCCAGGGGCAAUUCGAAAUGUGCAACUUUUUUAAUUGAGGCCUCACAGCAAAUUUCCUUGAAGGAUGUUUUGAAUAUAAAAGAGAAGUACCACCUUGUAGAUCUUUUUUAAAAAGAAAAAGUGAAACUGGGUAAAAUAAUGGACGAUAUUGAAUCCGUGAGUAAGAGAAUGGAGAAAGAGAAGGAGAUGAAUCUCAAGAAGUUCAGGAUGUUAAAACCCUUCCAUUCCCACAUUGGCUUGUCUUUGCAUAAUGUGACCUCCCAUUUGGGACUUCUGAAGGACCUUGCUGACAGGACUCUUUAUGAUUGGAGGAGCACUGCAUCGAUAAGAUCUUCCCAUUUGCCUCAUGAAUCUGUUAAGACUUUAUCAGGAUCCUCGGUGAUGUUUAAGGAUCAUAAUAUAAGACCCUUGAAGAAGAAAGAGCUACAACCUAUCAAGAAAAAACUGAAGCCUCUAGACAAAAGGUCAAAGACUAUUGUAAAGUCUGAUAAAAUCAACAGCAAAGUUAAAAGAAUUGGACCACACAUAGAAAUUUUCCAGCUGUUCCAGGGAAGAAAAAGACUUAUAUUUACUAAAAGAAUUGUUAAACUGAUUGUCACUGCACAAGCAUUUAUCAGGGAGUGGCUUGAGCGCAAAAGACUUCAAUGAAUAAAGAGCAAGGUAAGGUAUGUUUUUACUCUUCAUAGGUUUUUAUAUCAUGGGCCAAAUUUGAAAACAGUUAUAAAAAUGUAUCAGUGCUUAAUCCACCGUGUUAGACAUUGUCUUAGUCUUUGGAGAACAAGACAGAUUACAUACUUUGGAGAGUUAGAAGAAUGGAUGGACAGGAAAAAAAUGUAAGCAUUACAGUCACUUCCUCUUGUCUAUGAAACCAUGUUUGCCAAGAGAGAAGACAAGGAUAGAAGUGAGCUGCUGAAGUACUUCAACGACUGGGGUCAUUUCCCCACGCAGAAGCAGAUCGAUGAGUUCUGGGACCUCCUUCAUAUGUAUAGUCAAGGAAAAUGUUCUGAAGUAAUAAAAAAGUCCAAUGCUGUUGAACUAUUAUUUACUAUUAUCUAUCCUCCUCAACACGCCAGAGUGAACGUUAGCACAAGUCUGUGGUCCACGUGGUUGAGACCCUUGGUGGAUGGGGAAGAAAGUUAUAAGUAUAGAGUGACUGGACAUCCAAUACUCAAGAGAGCUAACAUCCAGACUGUUGGGAAGUUGGUGGCUAGCUCCAUAAGAGAAAGAAAAAUGAAGCAAUUUUAUAAAUCAUGA